AUGCCUUUGUACCAGUUGUUGGACCUGGACGAGCAUGCCGAGCGCCAGCUGUUCUCAGCGUCGCCGAGCGCGACGCAUGCCGCCGACUCGCCGCCGCCGCCGCCGCACGCGCUUAGGCACCUGUCGGACGACAUGCGGGACUGUCUGCUUGCCGCGGCGCGUUCUGUCAAUUGCACCAACUGCUUUUCGCGCUUGUUGCAGCGCGUGCAUCACGUGGCAGCCAUUUACAGAACGUUCUACGAAACGGUGCUUGUAAAGCUGAACUGCGAACCGAGUAGCUUCGAUCGAUUCUCAGCCGUCACCACCUGCGCCGAUUGCCAGGUAAGCGCACUUCUUUGCCGCUCCCGUCAGUGCGAUUUCAUCUACCAUCGUCGCGUCGCGUUGAACGGUCUAAUGCAUUGA